AUAUCACUGCACACUGUUUGAAGGAAAGAUUACACCGCUGCAUCUGUCGAAUUUUCACUGAGUUCUCAUUUGAGGAAAGACAACCGGUUAAAUUGUCGUGACUUCAAAAAAAAGCUUUAACCGGUUUCUUAUUGUUGUUCCUAGACGGUGCUGUGUUUGCGUGAGGAGGCGCAUGCAUUCAAUGGAAUAGUACAGCGCUAUUCUCUUUUUUGCAUAGAUUUAAGUCUGUCAGACAGAAAAGCAAUGAACAGGACACCUCAAACAUUGUUGAAGGACCCAUUCUAAUAGCAUUUGUCUAGCAAUUUCUUUGAGCAAAUAUACAAAGAAUGCAUGUUGAAAGACAGCAGACCUCAACAUCAUUUCAGUCCUCCGAUAAAUGCCGACCAUUGGCAGACAGAAUACCGAGAAGAUAGAAGCUACACAAGGCACCAAGAGAUCAAUUAAAGACAUUAUAUCUUCUUUUAAAAAGGACUGUCGAGAACAAGAAUAAGAGUCAAUAUAGAGAUCUCUUGUCUUCUGACUUGGUGUUUGCAUUACUGAUUGUGCACAGUACCUGCCAUUGCUGUUUAGGAUCACAGUGGCUUCUUUGUAUACUGCCGAUAUGGCCAGCCAGCAAGAUUCAGGAUUCUUUGAGAUCAGCAUCAAGUCAUUGCUGAAAUCCUGGAGUAAUACUUCUCCAGUCGGCAACGGAUACAUAAAACCACCAACAACACCUGCGAGCAGUACACAAGGUGACAGAGGACCACCAAUUAUGAUGCCCAUCAAUGUUGAUCCUGACAUUAAGUCAGGAGAAUAUGUCUUAAAAAGCAUAUUUGCCAACUUUACUACUCAGGCUGAACGAAAGAUUCGAAUCAUCAUGGCAGAACCGCUGGAAAAGGCAUUGACAAAAUCCUUGCAGAGGGGAGAAGAUCCACAGUUUGAUCAGUUGAUCAGCUCAAUGAGUUCACUUGCAGAAUACUGUCUUCCUUCUGUUCUCCGAACACUGUUUGAUUGGUAUAAAAGACAAAACGGCAUAGAAGAUGAGUCCCAUGAGUAUCGGCCCAGGACAAGCACAAAGUCAAAAGGAGAUGAACAACAAAGGGAUUAUCUCUUGGAGAGAAGGGAUCUAGCAAUUGAUUUUAUUUUUUCUUUAGUAUUAAUUGAAGUUUUAAAACAGAUUUCACUUCAUCCUGUACCAGACAACUUGGUCCAUGAAGUUAUUAAUUUAGCAUUCAAGCACUUUAAAUAUAAAGAGGGUUACCUUGGUCCCAACACUGGAAAUAUGCAUAUAAUAGCUGAUUUGUAUGCAGAAGUAAUUGGUGUCCUGGCACAAUCAAAGUUUCCAGCUGUGAAAAAGAAAUUUAUGUCGGAACUUAAAGAACUACGUCAGAAAGAACAGAACCCACAUGUAGUUCAAAGCAGUAUUAGCCUCAUAAUGGGCAUGAAGUUCUUUCGAAUUAAGAUGUAUCCUGUGGAGGACUUUGAAGCCUCUUUUCAAUUUAUGCAGGAAUGUGCACAGUAUUUUUUGGAAGUUAAGGACAAAGAUAUUAGGCAUGCACUGGCUGGGCUUUUUGUGGAAAUACUAUUUCCAGUGGCCGCAGCGGUUAAAAAUGAAGUAAAUGUACCUUGUCUUCGAAACUUUGUGGAGAGCCUCUAUGACACAACAUUAGAAUUGUCAGCACGGAAAAAGCAUUCAUUGGCGUUGUUCCCUUUGGUCACUUGCCUUCUUUGUGUCAGCCAGAAGCAAUUCUUUCUUAUUCGAUGGCAUAUCUUCCUGAACAAUUGUUUGUCCAAUCUCAAAAAUAAAGAUCCUAAAAUGGCUCGUGUUGCACUAGAAUCAUUGUACAGAUUGUUGUGGGUCUACAUGAUCAGGAUCAAAUGUGAAAGCAAUAAUGUGACACAGAGUCGACUUGCAAGCAUUACAACAACACUUUUUCCCAAGGGAUCUCGGAGUGUGGUACCAAGAGAUAUGCCUCUCAACAUUUUUGUGAAAAUCAUACAGUUCAUUGCACAGGAGAGGUUAGAUUUUGCCAUGAAAGAAAUCAUAUUUGACCUUCUUAGUGUUGGAAAAUCACCAAAGACCUUCAGUCUGAAUCCAGAGAGAAUGAACAUUGGUUUGAGGGCUUUCCUUGUGGUUGCUGACAAUCUGCAGCAGAAGGAUGGAGAACCACCAAUGCCGAACACAGGAGCUGUUCUUCCAUCUGGGAACACACUCAGGGUGAAGAAAACUUAUUUGAGUAAAACCCUUACAGAAGAAGAAGCAAAAAUGAUAGGAAUGUCUCUGUACUAUCCGCAACUAAGAAAAGCCUUAGAUAGCAUCUUAAGGCAUCUCGAUAAAGAAGUUGGGCGUUGUAUGAUGUUGACAAACAUGCAGAUACUGAACAAAGAACCUGAAGACAUGAUCACAGGAGAGAGGAAACCAAAAAUUGACCUCUUUAGAACGAGUGUAGCAGCCAUUCCACGAAUAAUCCCUGAUGGAAUGUCAAAACUGGAAUUGAUUGAUUUACUGGCAAGACUAACCAUCCACAUGGAUGAUGAACUUCGUCACAUUGCACAAAACUCUCUUCAGAGCCUUCUUGUUGAUUUUGCUGAUUGGAGGGAAGAUGUGUUGUUUGGUUUCACUAAUUUUCUACUCCGUGAAGUUAAUGACACACAACAGAAUCUUCUAGAUAGCUCUUUGAAAUUAUUGGUCCAUCUGCUCAGUCAAUGGAAACUUGCAAUACAAACUCAAAGCAAGGACCAAGACCAAUCUAAGUUAAGGACCUCAGAGCUUCAGCAAGAAAAGAGUCCUCAUUCAAAUGUGCUACAUGCUGUGGAAGGAUUUGCCCUAGUUUUACUUUGUAGUUGUCAGAUUGCAACACGAAAGUUGGCUGUUUCUAUCCUGAAGGAAGUCCGUGCAUUGUUUUCAGCUUUAGGACAGUCAGAGGAUGAUGAUAAGCCAAUGAUUGAAGUCAUGGAUCAGUUAAGUUCAUCUAUUUUGGAGAGUUUUAUCCAUGUAGCAGCCUCAGAUUCAACUACCAUACCUUUUGGACACAACGGUGAUUUACAGUGCCUGGUAGAGUGGAAUGCAGUUUUGGUUAACAGCCAUUAUGAUGUAAAGAGUCCUUCUCAUGUCUGGAUAUUUGCUCAAUCUGUAAAAGACCCUUGGGUUCUGUGCCUCUUCAGCUUUCUCAGACAGGAGAAUCUUCCAAAGCAUUGUCCCACAGCACUUAGCUAUGCCUGGCCAUAUGGCUUUACCAGAUUUCAGCUCCUGAUGCCUCAUGUUGACCCUAAUAGUCCCAUGUACACAAAAAAAGCAAGCACAACAUGUGGUGUCGACAAUUAUGUGGCCCUCUGGAGGAACUAUCUUAUCCUUUGCUUUGGAGUAGCAAAACCUAGUAUCAUGAGUCCUGGUCACCUUAGAGCUUCAACUCCAGAGAUCAUGGCUACAACUCCUGAUGGUAGUUAUAGCUAUGAUAACAAGGUCAUAGGAACACCAUCUGUGGCUGUAUUGUUGAAACAACUGGCUCCACUGAUGCGGGCUGAAAGCAUUGAAAUUACAGAGUCACUUGUACUAGGAUUUGGAAGGACAAAUUCUCUUGUGUUCAGGGAGUUAGUCGAAGAGUUACAUCCAUUGAUGAAGGAAGCUCUUGAACGCCGACCAGAGAACAAGAAGCGUCGUGAACGUCGAGAUUUAUUAAGAUUGCAGCUUCUAAGAAUAUUUGAACUUCUUGCUGAUGCUGGUGUCAUAAGUGAUAAUACUAAUGGAGCUUUAGAACGGGAUACUUUGGCACUGGGAGCCCUGUUCUUAGAAUAUGUCGAUUUAACCAGGAUGCUGUUGGAGGCAGAAAAUGACAAAGAUGUUGAAAUUCUAAAAGACAUCCGAGCCCAUUUUAGUGCAAUGGUAGCCAAUUUGAUACAGUGUGUUCCAGUACAUCACCGCAGAUUCCUAUUUCCACAACAGAGUUUACGUCACCAUCUCUUCAUCUUGUUCAGCCAGUGGGCAGGGCCAUUUAGUGUCAUGUUUACUCCUCUGGAUCGCUAUAGUGACCGAAAUCACCAAAUCACAAGAUACCAGUACUGUGCAUUAAAGGCAAUGUCAGCUGUGCUGUGUUGUGGCCCCGUGUUUGAUAAUGUAGGUCUCUCUCCAGAUGGUUACCUUUAUAAAUGGUUGGAUAAUAUUUUGGCAUGCCAUGAUCUACGGGUUCACCAGCUUGGUUGCGAAGUUGUGAUAUUAUUGCUAGAACUAAAUCCAGACCAAGUAAAUCUUUUCAAUUGGGCUGUAGAUCGCUGCUAUACAGGAUCUCACCAGUUGGCUUCAGGGUGUUUCAAAGCAAUUGCUACUGUAUGUGGAAGCAGGAACUAUCCAUGUGAUAUAGUGACACUGCUGAACCUGGUGCUUUUUAAAGCUUCUGAUACAGACAGGGAUAUUUAUGAAAUCUCAAUGCAACUCCUACAGAUUCUGGAAGCAAAACUAUUCCUGUAUUCUAAAAAAGCAGCUGAGCAGAAACCUGAUAGUAUUCUGUUUGGAACACAUGGACCAUUACCUCAUCUUUAUUCUGUGUCAUUGUCCCAGUUGUCAAAUGAAUUGGCAAGGAUGUAUCCUGAGCUCACACUUCCUAUGUUUUCAGAGAUUAGCCAAAGAUUUCCAACCACCCAUCCAAAUGGUCGCCAAAUUAUGCUUACCUAUCUUUUGCCAUGGCUUCGUAAUAUUGAGCUUGUGGAUGGUGGACUUCUUCCUAUAACAUCAAACCCACAAACUCCUGAGGAACAAGCCAACUGUAAGGAGGAGCAAAUGAUUGAAGAGUAUGGACUGAAAGGAAAUGGCUGGGGUUCACCACAAGCCACUUCUCUGGUUCUAAAUAAUCUCAUGUAUAUGACUGCCAAGUAUGGAGAUGAGGUUCCUGGAUCAGAGAUGGAAAAUGCCUGGAAUGCACUAGUGGACAAUGAAAAAUGGAGCAAUAAUCUAAGGAUUGCCCUACAAUUUUUGAUCAGUCUUUGUGGAGUUAGCAGUGACACAUCUCUUCUGCUAUAUAUAAAGAAAGUAGUAAUCUACCUGUGUCGUAACAACACUAUUCAGACAAUGGAUGAAUUGUUGUUCGAAAUGCAACAGACAGAUCCUGUGAAUCCUGUGGUCCUGCACUGUGAUAAUCCACCCUUUUAUCGCUUUGCUGCUAGCAACAAGGCUUCCACAGCUGCAUCAGGAACCACAUCCAGCACCAACACACUGGUUGCUGGACAAGAAAGUUUCCCAGAAAUAGAUGAGGGACGGGUGAUGAAAGAAACAGAUGAGAGGUUCAACAAUGUUGUGAUAAGAGCACAUUCUCGUCUUGAAUCAAGAUAUAGCAACAGCUCUGGCGGCUCCUAUGAUGAUGAGAAAGGUGAUCCAUUGCCUCCAUAUGCUAGUUGGUUGAUGAAGACUGUUGAGGCUAACUCACCACAGCCCCUGCCAAUGCCUGUCAAUGGGGGUUGCUGGGCCCCCCUUGUGGAUUAUCUUCCGGAAACAAUAACACCUCGUGGACCACUUCACAGGUGCAAUAUUGCUGUCAUCUUCAUGACUGAGAUGGUGGUUGACCACAGUGUCAGGGAAGACUGGGCUCUCCACCUUCCUUUGUUGAUUCAUGCACUCUUUCUAGGUCUUGAUCAUUAUCGUCCAGAAGUGUUCGAACACAGCAAGAGAUUACUUUUGCACCUCUUGAUAGCUCUAUCCUGCAGUGAUAAUUUCCAAGCUGUGGCUACUGUCCUUCUGCUUAACAGAGAAGUCAGUGAAAGUAAAACACUCACAGUGAAACCAGCUUACCCACCAGAGUAUCUCUAUUCAGGUGGUUAUAACUUCUUGAGAGAAUAUCAGUCCUCUCCAGUUCCAGAUUCAGGAUUAAGCUCCAGUUCAACCUCUUCCAGUAUCAGUCUGGGAGGUAGCAGUGGAAACCUACCACAAAUCUCACAAGAGAUGGAAGAGAUUGGAACUACAGCUGAAGUAGAUGAGAAAGCUCACAAGCUAAUUGAGUUUUUAGCAACCAGGACAUUUGGACCUCUUUGGUGCCAUGAAGAUAUUACUCCAAAGAAUUGCAAUUCUAAAAGUGCUGAAGAGCUAACUAACUUCCUACGUCAUGUUGUGUCUGUAUUCAAAGAUGUGAAAUCAGGCUGCUGUAUGGAACAGCGAUUGAGUGAAGUUGCUUUGCAGACAGCACUUUCUAGCUCAUCAAGGCAUUAUGCAGGUCGCUCAUUCCAAAUAUUCAGGGCUUUGAAGCAACCUCUAUCUGCACAUGCCUUAUCUGACCUACUUUCAAGAUUAGUAGAAGUAAUAGGAGAACAUGGUGAUGAAGUUCAGGGCUAUGUAAUGGAAGCACUUCUCACACUGGAAUCAGGAAUUGACAAUUUGGCAGAUUGUUUGAAGAACAGUGACCUGUUAGCUGUUCUGUCUCGAUCAUCCUCUCCUGAUUUCACGAUGAAUACUAAACUUGCAUCAAGCCGGAAGAGCACUGGGCAGCUAAAUCUGACAUCAGGCAUAUUAGGUAGUGGUGGAAUUACAGCCGAACGCAGUAGGCAUCAGAGAAGCUUCUCUGUGCCAAAGAAAUUUGGUGUUUCAGACAGAUCCUCUGAUCCACCACGUAGUGCUACAUUGGACAGAAUCCAGGCAAAUGGACAACAAGUUGUGUCGAAAACCCGAAGCUCAUCCUCUCUUAAAGACAACAUAAUUGACCCUACUAAUAUUAAUAAUCCUAUGAACCUUCUGGCCACGAUUUUCUGGUCUUCUGUAGCUUUGAUGGAGUCAGAUUUUGAAUUUGAAUACCAAAUGGCACAGCGAUUGUUAAUUAAACUUCUGAUUCAUCUUCCUUUGGACAAGGCAGAAACAAGAGAAAAACUUGAAAAACUACAAGGACAACUGAAGUGGACUAACUUCUCUGGGUUACAGCAGCUAUUGCUGAAAGGAUUUACUUCUCUAUCUACCACAGACCUAACUCUACAGCUCUUUAGCGAGCUAACUGCUGUUUCUCGGAUACCAGUGGUAGAUUUAACGCAAGCAAUAGGAUUCCCAUUGAAUGUUCUAUGCCUCCUUCCACAUUUGAUUCAGCACUUUGAUAACCCAACUCAGUUUUGCAAAGAUACUGCAGAUCGAAUAGCCCAGGUUUGUAUUGAGGAAAAGAAUCCUAAGCUUUCAAACCUAGCACAUGUGAUGACUUUAUACAAGACCCACAGCUAUACACGAGAUUGUGCUACAUGGGUUAAUGUUGUUUGCCGUUACCUUCAUGAAUCAUUUACUGAAAUCACUUUGAACUUGGUUACCUACCUGGCAGAGCUUUUGGAUAAAGGUCUUCCCAGUAUGCAACAGUCUCUAUUGCAAAUCAUCCAUAGUCUUCUGAGCCAUGUAGACUUAGCAUCAAUACCUGUCAAGCAACUGAACAUGGAAGUCCUGAAGAUCAUUGAAAAAUUUAUUCAGAGUGCUCACUGGAAGGAGGCCUUAAACAUCCUUAAACUUGUAGUUUGUCGAUCUGCAAGUCUGGUCUUACCAUCAUGUCAAUAUGGUGACCCUUCUCAUGUGGAUAUGAAUCGAAUAUGGAAAAAUGCUUCACAAGAAUUGCCAGGGAAGACACUAGAAUUUCGCUUUGAUAUCUCUGAGACUCCUGUGAUUGGAAGAAGUUAUGAUGAUUUGCAUGGUCCGUCAGGAAGGGAUGGAAAACCUCGGGCGAUAGCUGUCACCCGAAGCACUUCAUCCACCUCAUCAAGCUCUAAUUCAAAUGUUUUAGUUCCUGUGAGCUGGAAGAGACCCCAGUUCUCGCAGAAAAGAACACGAGAAAAGUUGGUGAAUGUUCUUACUUUGUGUGGUCAGGAAGUAGGCUUGACCAAAAAUCCUUCUGUUAUCUUCUCAUCAAGUGGGGAUCUUGACCUUAUUGAACAUCAGGCAAGUUUGGUGUCAUCCUCAGAAGAUGGUCCAAGGGAUCCAGAGAAUAUGGAUGACACAACAAGUGAACAACAGUUCAGAGUUUUUAGAGAUUUUGAUUUUCUGGAUGUGGAGCUGGAGGAUGGAGAGGGUGAGAGUAUGGAUACCUUCAAUUGGGGAGUGCGAAGGCGCUCGCUUGAUAGCCUAGGCAAGGGAGAUAUGCAACUUCUGGAGGAGAGCCAACUUUCAGGAAGCACACCAAAUCUAAGUAAAAUUAAUCAUGAAGAUUCCGAUGAAUCCUCUGAAGAGGAAGCACUCACAGCAAGCCAAAUUCUGUCACGAUCACAACUACUAAUGAAUUUUGCUCCUGCUGAGGACACAAAUCAUAUGGAUUCGCUGUCAACAUCAGGUGACACGGCCUCCAUAGAUCCACCUUCAGUAAACACAAGAACACCUAGUUUGGAAGUCUCUUUGGCUGAUGAAGCAAAUCAGCAGGUGCCUGAGCGGUCAAAGGAAAUUGAAUUUAUGACUGAGGAAGAUGAACUUUCUGGAUCUACAAGUGAACUUCCCUCAGCUCUUGAGGGCAAUGACAGUUUCAGCCUUGAAAUAACAGAACCAGAAGAAAAGGGUGAAGGAGAUGUGAAUCAGUCAGGACUUUCAAGUUUUGCUGAAGGGGAUAGACUUGGGCUUCACGAUCUCCGUUCAUCACCCCCUCCUUCGCCUUUCUUUUCUGCAAUUCUUGCGGCAUUUCAGCCUAAAGCAUGUGAUGAUGCAGAAGAGGCAUGGCGCACCCAUAUCAAUCAACUUAUGUCUGAUUCUGAUGGUUCUUGUGCAGUCCAUACAUUUCAUGUCUUCUCUUCACUGUUUCAGUGCAUUCAGAAAAAAUUUUGUUCUUUAACUUGGGAUGCAGCAAGUUUCCUUGGGGACAGUCUGAGAGGAAUAGGAUCAAAAUUUAUGAGUUCUUCAGAGGUGCUCACCUCUUGUUCAGAUUGUCCCACAAUUUUCCUAGAUGCUGAAACUCUGAUUUCUUGUGGGCUUCUUGAAAGGCUGAAAUUCAAUGUCUUGGAACUACAGGAAUAUUUGGACACAUACAACAACAAGAAGGAAGCUGCACAAUUGUGGCUUGCGAACUGUAAAGCAUCAUUUCCUGGAAGCAUGGGAGAUGCAGUAAUUACAAACCAGCCAGGAGAUGCAGAAGAAAAGCAACUUGAAUUGUGUCAAAGACUCUAUAAACUCCACUUUCAGCUGCUACUGCUCUUUCAGUCCUACUCUAAACUAAUUGGACAGAUCCACGUGGUCAGUUCAAUGCCAGAGCUAUUGAAUAUGUCAAAAGAGCUGAAUGAUUUGAGAGAUAACUUGAAGGAAGCCUCAGCUCUAAUAGCAGCUGAACCUCUGAAAGGUGAAUCCAGUUUGCACGGUGCCACAUUAACUUCCUCAGAAGAGGCUGUUCAGUCCAUGCUGGAGUGUCUGAAGAACAGGGAUCUUAAAUCUGCUCUGCGCCAAGUCAGGGAUUACAGGACCAUAUGGCCCAAUGAUAUAUUUGGCAGUGAUAUGGAGGAUGAAGUCCAAACUCUUCUUAAUAUUUACUUCAGACACCAGACCUUAGGACAAACAGGCACAUUUGCACUCCUGGGCUCUAAUCAUGAUCUAUCAGAAAUUGGUUCCAAGCUGAUGGAGCUGAAUGGAGAGAUUCAGGAUAUGAUUCGGAAGGCUCAGAGUUAUCGUGUUAUCAAUACCUACCUUCCAGAUACCAGCACUGCCAACACUAGUCUCUGACAGAAAUGUUCUGUCUCCCUUUUGCUUACGACUGGAAAUGCUGCAAUGCUGCUCUGAAAUCCUUCAAAGACUUUUCACCCUUAGGAAAACUUAGCCAGGCUGUUCUCACGCUUGUGACACUUCACAGUUUCAGUAAACUUAAAUGGGAAGGUCUAAAUACCAAAAGAUCAAAAGUAAAAUAAAAUAACCAAUUGAAUAUUAAAAUAGCUUUCUUCAAAGCACACAUUUAUUCUACAUUGGGCAAUUAUAUUAAGUUGAUAAGGCUACAAGUUCACACUGAGGAUACCAAAGGUUAUCAGACAUUGAAAGUAUUCUUUCAAAAUAAUUAUUUUGACAAAGAUGUAAUUUUACUUAAAAUUGUAAGCAACUGAUACUACUGCCCCAGAACUGUUUCAGAUUAUAAACUAAAGGUUUUUUGUGUGUGGUUUAUGCCUACUUGCUUAUAUGACUUAAUAGCAGGCAAAAUGAAGCUGUAUGCAAUGCACUAGGAAGCAGUUUUGUUAAGCUGAAAGCCUGUGUGUUUUAACCUUUUUCUGGCUAAAAUUUGGUCACACUGCUACAAAGCACAUUUUUGUUAGAAAAAUAUCACUUGUGUUGUCUGAGAAGGUAUUUUACUGAGCCAUACAACAGGAUUUGUACUGUAUUUGAAAUACCGUGAACAAUCCAGAUGAGAAAUAUUUGAGUAUUGGCUGCUUUUUCUACUAGAUGGAAGCUUUUAUGGAUUUAUUUAUAAAUAAUAGGUAAGAGGCUGCUUUAAAUAGUUUUGUAGAUGAGGCUGAAAAUUUUCCCUUGUUAGUCAUUGCCCGCUAAGCUGCUUAGCAUGCAUAUUUAUAUGUAAAAUAUAAAUUGCAUUGAAGCAUUUUGAAAAUCAGUAGUCAAUGCUUUAACUUUCUAAAUUAAGCCAUGUAGCUCUACAUUCAGCAGGUUCAGAAUUAUCAUGUCAUUGGUGUGGAUGGGGCAUUCUUCUAGUGCUGAGAUUAUGCCUCAUUUCUGAAAAGCUUGUUCAGAAGCUCUGCAACUUUUUUUGCAUGUAAGAUCAGUUGCACAUUUAAUAACAUCUUUAGAGUCAGUCAUAUCUUCUCUUGUAAAUAAUAUUCCACAUACUGUGAAGUAUUUUGUUUGUUUUGUUCUGUAAAUUCAUGCACUGUAUAUAUAGCUGCAGUAUGUCAUAUAACUAUGUAUUAUGCCUUGUGGAAAAGUGAGCUUUAAUUUAAUGCUUUCCAUUGCACUCCUUGCACUUCAACUGGUCUGUCAAAACCUCCAGUAAAAAAAAAAGGCAGGUUCUGAAGUUGACUAUAUCUUUGUUGAAACUUAGCUUUCUUUUCUGGCAGGUGGAGGUAUAGAUCUGAAUGGUGCAAAAAAAAUAUCAAAUUGUAAUUCUCUCAAACAGACUUGCAUCACAUUAAAUUUUGUGUAUUAUAAAUUGUGAUUGUAGCAUGUAUUAUUCCCCAUUGUGUAUACCAGCACAGUUAAACUAGAAUAGCAAUUGCAUUUCAAAUUCAUUCCUAGGUUAGAAUGUACUGAGUGACAGGGAGGGCUGGGAAGAGUAGGCACCAGGUAAGAGUGGGUAUUAAGGGACAGAGGGUGAUGGAGAAUGGACAUUGAGACUUGUGGAAAGUGAGAACAGCAGUAGAUACUGAGUAGAGCAAGAACUGAUCAGGGGAAGACCUGGAAAGAGUGGGAAUCAAGCAGCCAGUCAACCUAGAGAGGAGAUCUAGGAAAAUUGUAGAGGGGCAGUUUGGGAAGAGUAUGCACUAAGACACAAGGAGAUCUGAGGAGAACUAGUCAGAAUGAAACCUGGGGAAGAAUAGGCACUAAGUACAGGAAUGACCAGGGUAGUGCAGGCACUGAAGGCCUGGGCAAAGCAGGCAAGGCAUGGGGGAAAAAAUAGGAAAACCUAGGAAGAGAGCAAAAAAAGUUAUUCUGGGGAGAGUGGGCAUUGAUCCUUUCUUUUUCAAUCUUUUUAUUAGUUUUCAAAUUAAUACAGAUUGAUAUAUAGCAUCAAUAUUUAUACAUGUAAUACAAAGAGAUCAGGAUAACAAU